AUGGUAAAACCCAUCAGUGUCUUUGUGAUUUCUGCAGAGAAUCAGUGGCCAUCUUGUACUGCAGAGCUGAUACCGCCAAGCUCUGUUUCUCCUGUGACCAUAAAGUCCAUUAUGGGAAUCUGCUCUUCAGGAAGCAUACUCGUUCGCUGCUCUGUGAUGUUUGUGAUUCGAGCCCAACUUCAAGUUUCUGUUCUACAGAGAGUCAGUCUCGUUCUCUGCCAGAUCUGUGACUGGGACACCCAUGGUCAAUCCUUGGCUUUUCACAUUCGCUCAUCCAUAACGCCAUCCUUUGUGGGAACUAUGAAUCUUUCCUCAUUCACAGCAAUCAUAGCAGUCAUGGAAGGCCAUGGAUGCAUACAUGAACUUUUGAUCUCAUGUGGAGCUCAAGAUCGUCUCUCAUCUCUCGCAAUGGUCGAGACACCAGGAGAGCAGAUGAUGGGACUAAUUACAAGCAAAAUUCUUCGUUCGCCGACUUCGACUCCAUCCUCUGUGUGUCCUUCCCAUUCUUCCACCUCUUUCCCGAAGCAAACCCUAGAUUUCCCGAUUCGAAGCCCCAAAUUGUCCCGCAAAGCCAACUUCCUUCCCCCUAUUUGCGCCGUUGCCGUACCAGAGAAAGUAGAGAAGAUUGGAAACGAGCUCAAAAACCUAACCCUAGAAGAAGCUCGCAGCCUCGUUGACUGGUUACAGGAAGAGCUCGGUGUCUCCGCUGCUGCCUUCGCACCGGCGGCUGUUGCCGUAGCGCCUGGUGCCGUUGCCGAUGCGGGACCAGCCGUCGUUGAGGAGCAAACGGAGUUCGAUGUUCUUAUCGAGGAAGUGCCGAGUAACGUGAGGAUUGCAACGAUUAAGGUCGUGAGAGCACUUACGAAUCUGGCGUUGAAGGAAGCGAAGGAGUUGAUUGAAGGAUUACCGAAGAAAUUCAAGGAGGGAACCUCAGAGGAAGGGGGGUGUCGAUCUUCGAAUGAACAUGAUAAAUUUUCAUAGAUUUUUAAGUUGGUGUGUCGGUCGAUCGUGGAAUUGUGCCCCUUUUUUGUUUCGAGAAACAAGCGAAACAAGUAAAACUUGUUUCGUCAUUCAUGUUUCUUGAAGCAUAAAUUGUUAUAAAUUUCAAUUUAUGUUUCAAGA